AUGUCGCGUUUGUGCUCGUUCUGCCUACUUGUCGCCUGGCUGGCUGCUUGCCUGGCGGAUGAAGGUGCCGAGGCUGCAGCGGAGGGCGAGCUGUGGACCGAGCACUACGACAAGGAGUCGGGGAAAAUGUUCUAUUAUCACGCCGAGUCGCAAAAGACCGCGUGGGAGGCGCCGGCCGGCGCUAGGGUCCAGCGCGCCGCGAGUGCGUCCGCUGGGUCGGCGGCCGGCGGCUUGAGGGCAACUGACGGGUCGACGAUGAUGCUGACUGUCCUCGCUCUGGGAGUGCCGGUGCUGAUCUUAUUUGGGGGUCUUCUCGUCAUCUACUACCAGGCGAGCCGGGAGGGGCUGCACGAGAUGCUCAAGAACCUCAAGCAGAAGCGAGAUCGAUCGACGAAGCGCAAGGGCGAGCGCCCUCUGCCUGCCGUGCCCCGCAGGACGCAUACGUAUCGGCGCUCACCCCGCGCCGGCUCGCAUUGCGUGGCAGGCUCGAAGGCGGGGUCAAAGUACAAGACCAAGUUCAAGCUCUCGCAGGACGGCAAGGGCGGCCGCUCGGCCAACUCAUAA